AUAGCACACAAGUUCGGUGGCUGAUGAUCAUAUAUUCAUAUACACUUGCUGAUUGUUAAGCAUGGCUCUUCAAGGUAAGGUGGAGGCUGAAAUUGAAAUCAAAGCACCUGCUGACAAGUUCUACAACAUCUUCAAGAGUCAGGCUCACCACGUCCCAAACACUUCUCAAACUGGCACAAUAACGGGAGUUGCGGUGCAUGAAGGAGACUGGGAAACUGCGGGAUCUAUUAAGAUUUGGAGUUAUGCAAUAGAGGGGGAAGAGGGAACAUUCAAGGAGAAGGUGGAGUUAGACGAGGUGAACAAGGCCAUAAUUCUGAAUGGGUUGGAAGGAGAUGUGUUCCAGUAUUACAAGAGCUUCAAGCCCGUCUAUCAGUUCACUCAAAAGGAUGAGGGCAGAAGCAUUGCCAAAGUGUCCAUUGAAUAUGAGAAAUUGAGUGAGGAGGUUGCAGCUCCAGAUAAGUACAUUCGCUUGAUGACUAACAUCGUCAAGGAUCUUGAUGCCCACUUCAUCAAGGCAUGAGGGGAUUCUAUAAGGUAGCAUGCAACACGAUUGAAAGAAGCCUAGCCACUGUCUAUAUGCUCUGGUCUACAAAGUUAUAGACUAUUAAUAUAAUGUGUUGUAACGCAUGAUUUCUAGGUUAUAAGUAAACUGGUUUGGAGUGUUACUUAAUUGGGUUUUAUAUUGUUGUGCAAAGUGUCAUUAUUGUGAUAAAUGCCUGUAAGAAAGGAUUUGUGAUGUAUCAUGUGCCAGCUAUGGUAUCAUAUUUAUGAAAUAAAUAUAUAAAAGUGACUUAAAGUUAUAGAA